GAAGGAGUCAAGCACACUCGCGUGCACGAUAACAUUUUCACAAGAUGACACAGGUGAGAACACCGGAUAGUUAGUGUUCAAGUAACACCACUUGUUAGUGUUGCUAUUCUCCAUCAGUCCACAGCCACACCUGCUAACGCAAGUCCCGAUGUCGUCUUGCAUCACAUCUUUUGGAAGAGUCCAGUGGUGACCGUGGGUCAUAUCAAUGAGAGAAUCCCCACCAUCGUGCUGUAGUGCCACAGCCACUGACUCGAGAGAUUUACAGAAAGCCUCCACACCAAGCAGGUACUCUGUUUGCGAGUAGCCUAGCGCUGAGGCGCUUACAGUAGUGUCACACUAGGAUUCAAAUAAAACCAUUAAGAAGCUAAGAAAUAACAAAUAAACCUAAAUAAGUUUUGCACUUACUCGGUGUCUAAUGUACGCAGCUAAAUGGGUCUCAGUGCAUCCACCUCCAAGUAAUGCAAAUGGUUCCCUCAGGGUAAGUCUUAAUAUGUGUUCUGUCUUUUGCCAUGCCACCUGUCAGGGUCACACAGAAAAAAAUUACAAUUAUCCUCCACUAUAGAUGUGCCGAUUACCGGUUUCAAGGUAUACCAUGGUAUGAAAAUAUCAAGGUUUCAAAACCGCAAAAAUUUAACGUCAUACCGUCCCUAGGGUAUUAGCCAUUUUUUAUGUCCCAAAAAUGCAUGGAGAAAUCCCUUGUUUGCAGCUGUAAGGCUCAACCCUCCCCCACCUGUUGUUGCUCAGUGUCUGUGAGGCAGCUGUGCUACACGAUGGCUGGAGGAGGUGAAACACCUGAACUUUUUUCCCCCAUCGAAGAAAACAAAAUCACUGGUAUGGGAAUACUUCGGCUACAGAAAAGUUACAGAUGGCUGCGGCAUAGAGGAGGAGGGCCAACCGGCAUGUAAAACAUGUUUGAGGAGGGUAGCUGCCGAGAAGGCAAUACCUCCUAUAUGAUUUCGCAUUUAUACAAAAUUAAAGGCUAGUAAACACUGGCAUGAACGUUUCCCACCAGCUACGAGAGUUAACUCCAGCGUUUUUAGUGUGUCUAGCAGUUGUAAAAUAUGUGUUUUUUUUUUUUUUUUUCUCGGGCUUUUCUUGUGUUGAGAAAGAGAGUGUGUGUAUAAUGUAACUAUGAUACAUGUCAUUUACACAUGCUUUUUAUGGAAAAUUUGUUCUGAUGGUAAUAAUGUUGGGCUGUGGGUUUAGGCUCACCUAAAGGACUGCAUUUAUUUUAAUUUUAUUUGGAUUUGUUUUUUAAUUAUAACAUUAUACUUAUGUUCCAAUUUGGUAAUAUGUUAAAAAUCCUGUUGAAUGGAAAAAAGUUUUUUAUAAACCCAGAUAUCACAAAGGAACACAUUUAAAGCUGUAUUUGCAAUACCGUGAUAUCUUGGCUUAAGGUUAUCAUACCGUCAGAAUAUCAUCAUGCCUAUUUGUCACCAGUAAUGUUUUUUUUAAUCUAAUCAUACCUUCAAUUCAUUUAACAUAGUCUCAUUCCUGUGGCAGAGAACUGCAGUACAAAUGGUGGAUUCCUCGUCAGGAUAUAAAUGCAGCAUCAUCUUAGAUCCAAUCCGUCUAGAUGUGACAUUUCCCACCUUUCCGUAGGCAUUUAGAGGGAUUUUGGUGUGUAAGGUUGCCACAGGCUGGGCACCUGUGUAAGUAAAGACAUGUUGAGUGAGGUCCCACGAAAUGAUUCAGUACAGGCUACACAUGCAAUACACAGUGAAACUGUAAUUAACAUUUACCAUAAAUUGAAGUAUUACAAAGAUGUAAUAGUAACCAAGACAUUUUUUAAAAAUGAUGUGCAGGUUGUGGAUACCUGUUAGUUGAAUAAGAGGCUGCAUAUAGUUGAUCCCUACUCUCUCCACAACUAAGAUGCCAUGAUUCCUCAAGAAGUGCUGAAGAACUGGAUGGAUGACUUUCUGACAAACGCAUAGCUUCACAUCAUCUCUUAACGCCUGUUUGCCAAUCUCAAGGAGAACAUCAAGGAUCUGAGAGUCCAUGUCAGCACCAUACAGGACUUCAAUCUGUCCAUCUCCUAUUUCAGAAAGAUCUCCAGCAAGGGACGUACUGAACAAUAGCACACGCAGGGUAUUUGAUGGAACAUUUUUCAUCUCCAAACCAUACGGAAUAUCAACUAAUAAUCCUGGAAAUACUGCAGAGUCCAUUACAGGAGGCCCUUCAAUAGGCACAAUUACUGUCGUUCCCAGAGUAACUACACCACUGUGGGAUGGCACUGUCAACAGAAACGCCUGAACAGCCAACUCACUGAUGUGAAGUGCUUCAUAAUCUUUUAGCAUUAUGGCUGGUUUGCUGCAGAGAAUACUGCGGGACAACGUGAUUAAGUUCUGAGUUGUGCAAAAGUCGAGUUUUACUUUACAAUCACAUUCUUCUUGGUGAAGGUAUUUGAUGCACAUGCCCAGCAGGUGUUUAUUAACCCUUAUAGCUUUGUUUCCUUUUAGACCUAUCUUCUUGAUGUGUUCAAAGAGACUCACACAAAGAAUAGCUGCAAACAAGCCGCAGUCACUAAAACGAGAAAUGUGACCGCGAAUGGAGGUUAAAACCAGAUUUAGAAUUGGUGUCGACGAAUAAAUGGCUGAAAGUAUCACUGAUGAUGUUGACGUGGUAACAACUUGCCCUCCGAUGUUAUUGUGGAUGCUUUUCAGUCCACCCAGAGGACCAUAACAUGAUCGAAAAAGCUGUCCCAAAAGAUUAAGCUUAUACAAGAAUUCCUUAUUUUCCAGUGGUAGAUCAGUGCAAAGGGCUGGUGAUUUCUUAACGAGUCGAGACAUCGCAAUCACUGCAUUUUUGGAGCACUACGCAAGUCUGGUCAAUUAAUGAGAGAUUUGCCAGAUCAAAAUUAACACGCUAUCUGGGGGGGAAAAAUCUUUCGUACAGGUCAAUAAAUAAAACCAUUCAUAGAUAAUGAUAUAAAUGUUUAAUUCAACAUAGCAGUGGUAAGAGUAGGUCAAAAUAUAAUCACUUAGACGAACUCUCUAAUCAAAUACAGUACAGGCUUCUAUACGGAAUACUGGUUUCCAUAGCAGCGUUGAAAGCGUUGGGUCUUACUGGUCCUACUUGUCCAGCGGUCGCAUGGUGAAAAUGUUUCGAAUUUGUUAGUUAAAAUAGAUUUCACGUGUAAUUUAAACUUUCAAUGACAUCAGGUUUACAAAGAAAAAGUCCAGGUUUCUGGUCUUCACUGUGUUAAAUGCGAGCAAAAUUACGCUAAUUUAAGUCAUUUGACGUCAUCUUUAGCAGACGAAUCAGUGAACAACAGAUUCAAAACUAUUGGCGGUAGGAAAUCAUCGUAUUUUACAGCGAAACGACUAGACUCCAAUAACUGCAAUGGCGCCUCUCAAAUUUGUCAUUAAGUGUGGGAACUUUGCUGUGCUGGUGGAUCUUCACGUCCUGCCCCUGGGCAGCCAAGAGGACGCCAGCUGGUUUACUACAAGCCACAUCGAGGAAGUAACAACUCUGAUUCGUGGUGCUGUGGAUGUAAGAGUUCAGCAGUAUAUGGAGUCCAUUCAAAACGGAAGACAGCCAAAACACAAAAAGGAGCUAGUACCUGCUGCAGCUUUUAUUGUGAAAGGGAAAUAUUUCAACCUAGUUGCCAAUUUUCUGAAGCGCCACAUCAACCUUCGAUGUAUUGUCAAGCAGCACCAUGGUGAGUUGCGUGUGUUUCCUGAGCGCUACGUUGUGUGUGUGAGCCGUCCAGAGGAUGCCACAGCGAACUAUACAAAACCAAGCUCAACCGCAACCGAGCUGAGCGAACAAAGCAAAUCGGAAUAUUUUUCCAGAGACAGAGAAAUCCAAGAGUCUUUCAACUGCGCCGCAAAAAUAAAGAAGACUGCGCUUCAAAAGAUAGCCCAAAACGUCAAUGUCCAGCAAGAGCAGAAGAUUGAGCAAAUAGCCCAGGUUGAAGACCAAAGUGGGCUCAGAAAUCCAGACACAAGGUCCUUGGACAGUGUCACAGGUGUUGGGAGGACUUCACCUAUAAAGACGGAGCAACAGGUUGCAAGCUCAAAUGCUGUUCAUUCUCCAGACCUGCCCUCAGUAGGUUUGCGCCCACAUGAAAUCCUUCCAGGAAGCAAGCGGAGUAAGAGGACCAAACCCAGUGAUUCAGAAGACCCUCGCCCACUUAAGGCCAAGAGGACAGGCCUCGCUAGCCCUACGGCCGCAACGCAACCUCAGUCCAUACAAAUAUCCCAACGCGACCCUCUUCCUCCAGCCCAAAGCGAGCUGACGUCCAAGGCUUUCCCGGUCUCCGAGUACAAGAAAACCACAGUGGAAGUGGAGCUGCUUACUACAGGGAAACGGGACCAGAGGCUCCCCCUGGCAAGCAAUAACACAGCACAGACGAAGCAAAACAGGCUGGCCGCAAGUCGGAGGGGCCUAUCUGUCAAGCUCGCAUCCUCCCGCUCCUCUAUUAGUUCCAGAUCCACAGGCGAGCCAGAGCAAAGGCAAAAUGUGCCCAGAACCUCCAGAUUACGACUCAAGAGGUCCUGAGGGGGACAAGAGUGCUUAACGUCAAAAUGCCUGACGCCAUCCAGAUACAUACGAAAUGGUGUCAUUGCAACACACACAUGGCCUUUUACUACAAUGUCUAUUCUUUUCACACAAAGCCACACAUGCAGCUCCAGUACAGAGCACAUAAUUGAUACAUGAGAGUUUUGAGUUAUGUUUUGUCAAAUACUUGAAACAGACUUCGCCUCCACCCAUAAGUAGCGGUGGUCAAGUGAGGCUUGCAAAUGAAAGUCGAAAACCCUUAAUUGGAGUUUAGACUCGGGUUUUGUGUUAAAGAUCGGGGAUUUCAGACAGGCAGGAGCCACGCAGUACGUCAUGGCUUUUAGGCUGAAAUACUGGCUCCGAUGUGUCUGUAAACUGUCCACUUUCCCCGCUCAAGCUCUGCUCUGAUUGAUAGCUCUUUCCAGCUCUAGUUCAUCUGUUUGUUUUUUCUUUUUUCUAAUUCUUUGAGCGUUUUCAUUCAUAGAUGAUUUCCAUUCAUGCUCAUUUCUCGAUUUACAAUCCAAGCGCAUGAAAUUUGAAGCAUCUUCACCACAUUGUGCAGCGUGAGAAAAGGUAGCCUCUCACUUUUGACUUUGAUAAAUGCAAAGAUCUGAAAUAUUGGCAGUUUAUUUGGCAAUGUUUUACUUGAUGACACGUCACCUCAUAAUAUACUCUUUUAAUAAACCUUGGUUUUACUGGACAGACAUUUUAUGAUCUGAAUAAUUCAUUUUUUUCCACAGGGGGGAAAAAACACUGAGUCUUUGACAGUCCCGCAAUUUGCUCAGUUGUCGCUGGAAAACAACCUCGGUGAUAUAUGAUUGAGAUCUGUUCAAUGUCCGCUCAUGCGGGCCAGAAGUCCGAUGCUCACUGGGAAAGUCUGUCCAACACUAACUGUCGGAUCAGUGGUGGCUUCCUCACAAGGAGCUAAAAUACAGAGAACUAAGAUGAAAUCUUUGAGUAACUCUUCCAAAUGUUUAAAGGUUUUAUGUUUUAAAAUUGUUUUCAAGAGGUGGUGAUAAUCUCUCACGUUGGUUCUUAAUCCUUUACAGAAACUGUAGAAGCAUAACAACCCCCCAAAGUCUUUCAAGCUUGAGAGCCUAAGAGCUUUUUUUUCUUUUUUCUUUUUAUUACACACAAAAUUCUUUAUACAUUAUAUAAUGUAUGAUUUCUUACAGCUACAUAAAAACAAAAGACA